CUCCUCGCCUUCACCGCUUCUGAUGCCGAGCAGUUGUACCUGUCCCUCGUACGCCCAUCACCAUCAACCUCAGCAUUUAUAGGAAGCUGCGGGAUGGCAGCAGCUGUAGCCGAGGCGGUCGGGUUGCAAUGGAGAUAGAAGCACCGGCCUCCUCCUCGGAGCUGCACGUCGCGUCGGCGGCGGCCUACUUGGUGUGGGAGGACGUCACGGCCGUGCUGCCAAACUACGGCGGUGCCCGACAGCCUAAGAAGUUGAUAGACGGCCUAAGCGGGUACGCGGUGCCUGGCCGGAUCAUGGCCAUCAUGGGGCCGUCCGGCUCCGGCAAGUCCACUCUUCUCGACUCUUUGGCAGGGAGGCUUGGAAGGAAUGUUGUUUUGACCGGAAGGGUGCUUCUCAAUGGAAAGAAGAGAAGGUUGGACUACGGUGUGGUGGCAUACGUGAGACAAGAAAAUGUGUUUCUUGGAACCCUCACUGUCAGAGAAACCAUUACCUAUUCAGCUCAUCUGAGGCUCCCGGCCACCAUGAGCAAGAAGGAGGUGGCAAGUGUAGUCGAAGGGACGAUAGAAGAGAUGGGCUUGCACGACUGUGCCGACCGUGCGAUAGGAAAUUGGCAUUUAAGAGGGAUAAGCGGUGGAGAGAAGAAGAGGCUAAGCAUUGCACUUGAGAUACUUAUGCGUCCUCGUCUUCUGUUCCUCGAUGAACCAACGAGUGGACUUGACAGUGCCUCAGCUUUCUUUGUGAUCCAGACACUCAAGCAGAUUGCACUCGACGGCAAUAAGACCAUCAUCUCCUCCAUCCACCAGCCUAGCAGUGAAGUUUUUGCUCUCAUUGAUGACCUCUGCCUACUGUCAGGAGGAGAGGCUGUCUAUACUGGAGAUGCUAAGCUGGCCACCAAGUUCUUUGCAGAAGUUGGAUUUCCCUGUCCUAGCAGAAGAAAUCCUUCCGAUCACUUCCUUAGAUGUAUAAAUUCUGAUUUUGAUCAUGUUAAUACCACAAUGAAAGGCUCAAUGAAAUUACAUGAGGAGGCAGAAUCAUCUAUAGAUCCUUUGUCAAAGUUAGGCACCUCAGAGAUCAAAGCUAUUCUUAUCCAAAGAUACAAGAGCUCAGAGUAUGCCAUGGCAACCAAAAGGCAAAUACAAGACAUAUCCAAGAUAGAAGGGCUUAUAUUUGAAUCAGAAAAAGGGAGCCAAGCUUCUUGGUGGAAGCAACUCAGAACUCUCACAAAGAGGUCUUUUGCAAACAUGUCGAGAGACAUCGGAUAUUACUGGUUAAGGAUCAUAAUUUACAUGGUUGUAUCUGUGUGCGUCGGCACCAUUUACUUUGAUGUUGGCACAAGUUACACUGCCAUACUGGCGAGAGCUUCUUGCGGCGGUUUCGUCUCAGGCUUCAUGACAUUCAUGUCCAUCGGAGGAUUUCCAUCCUUUAUCGAAGAGAUGAAGGUCUUUACAUGCGAAAGACAAAAUGGCCACUACGGAGUCGCAGCAUACAUCCUCUCUAACUUCCUCUCCUCAUCACCAUUCUUGGUUGCAAUUGCCUUCGCUAGUGGAUCGAUAACCUACUUCAUGGUGAAGUUUAGAAAUGGUUUCUCGCACUUUGCCUACUUCACUAUAAGUCUUUACGCCAGCAUUGCGGUGAUAGAGAGCUUGAUGAUGAUUGUCGCAUCACUUGUGCCUAAUUUCUUGAUGGGCAUCAUAACUGGAGCUGGCAUCAUUGGAAUUAUGAUGAUGACGGCAGGGUUCUUUCGCUUGCUACCAGAUCUUCCGAAGCCUGUUUGGCGAUAUCCAGUUUCCUUGAUCAGCUAUGGUUCAUGGGCAUUGCAGGGAAACUACAAGAAUGAUUUGAUAGGGCUUAAGUUCGACCCGUUAAUCCCCGGAGAUCCCAAACUAAGCGGGGAGUAUAUUAUCGAAAACAUCUUCGGAAUCAGCUUAAACCGGUCGAAGUGGAUAGAUCUAAUGGCCAUCUUCGUCUUGCUCAUAUCGUACCGAGUUCUCUUCUUUCUUAUCUUGAAGCUUAGAGAGAAGAUAUCGUCGGUGUUCCGAAUGAUCUACGUGAGAGCAACUCUGAAACAGAUAAUGAAGCCAAAGCGGAGGACGAUGUCCUUCUCGUUGAGGCACUCAACAGAGCAUCCCAUGGCUUUGGGAGAAGGACUGAGCUCCCCACUUCCAUGACAUCAACUUCUAGUAGAUACUGAAACUGUUAAAGCUGGUGCAGAGCUUGCUAUCUAUUGUAAUAAUGCAAGGAGCUUUGCUGUAGGACUUGCUCUCUCAAGUCUUCCUGCUUUGCUUCUUGUUAGGUUGAUGGAUGCACAUUGCUUCAUCCAUUUACAUUAUUAAGCAUCAAUU